AUGAAUGGAACGGUAUUGGACGAAAGCUUUUUAAGAUGGGAGUUUACAUUUGAAUUCCCUCAAAGAAAUACGUUAAUUCCUUUGAUAUUUACUGGAAUUCCAUUGUACACAGUGAAAUUAGUCAUGUCAUUUUGUAGGAAUAUGUUAGGUAGAGAUGAGUAUUUGCAAUUAUUACAUCAAUAUUCGCCUCUUAUUAUUUUAUAUGCUCCAAAAAUUUUCCUAUUCUUCCUUUCCUUUUUGAAUGACAUGUUUGUGUGGAAAAUAUUAUGCUCAAGAGAUUGCAAAACGUCACAUCAGUUCAAAGGAUCAUCUAUGUCAACACUAUCAUCAAAGACCUUGUAUUUAUUCACUGUCUAUUCGUUCUUUCUGACAACACUGGUCUUCUCUACGAGAACUUUUGCGAACACAAUAUCAGGAGGAUUAUUUGCUCUAUUUUUGCUGAUGGAGCUACGAAGAAGAGAAACAGGAAAAAAUAUUUAUUUAUUCUGGAAUGCUAUCAUCUUUUCAUUUGGAUUAUUCAGCAACUUUAUUUUUGCAUUUUAUGCUACCCCUGUUGCAUUGAUUUCAUUACUCUCACCAUUGUUUGAACAAUGGCAUUCUUCAUUCAAAACAAAAAUUUCACUCCUCGCAAGAAAUAUUGUAACAUUUGGAUUAACAGCAUUGAUGGCCUGCUCUUUAUUGAUCCUUCUUGACAGCAUAUUUUUCUUUAAAUAUUUUGCUCGGCCAAAUUAUUUGAGCUCUUUCAGAUAUUUAUUGUUCAAAUUGAACUUGAUUAGUGAUUGGAACGACCCUACUCUGGGUCCGUUUUUUAAUUCGAGAAUUGUGAUUGCACCAUUGAACAACAUCAUCUACAACUCUUAUGUUGAAAAUUUGGCCAUUCACACACUCCACCCCAGAUAUAUCCAUUCAUUAAUUAAUUCUCCUCUUUUAUUUGGAUUUUCCUAUUUAGCGUUUUGCUACAGAUUUUUAAGAUGGAUGGCAAAAUACAUUUCUAGAUUGUUCCUCACGUCUCAUUGGAAUUCCUCUGCUGUUGGUAUUACUGAAAUACCUUAUAUCAUUUGGAUUGCAUUCUUGUCUGCCUUGUCGGGAUUAAUUAUUCUAAGUUAUGUACCACAUCAGGAACCUCGUUUUAUUUUGCCUUCAUUUUGCUGUUUGGUAAUCUUGUCUGGGUACGACUUUGAAAGAAUUGAUUAUUCAGAAAAAAAGAAUGAUCGCCACACACCAAGCUCCUCAACACACGAUUCAAAAAUUUGGCCAUCACAAACCAAGAAGUUUCUCCUUCUUUGCAUUCUACAUGGAAUCUUACUUUCCAUGUUCUAUGCACUGAUUCAUCAAGUUGGCGUUGUAUCAAGCAUUACAUCCCUACCAUCUGUCAUUUUGAAAUCUCAAGCUCCAAAUUCAAAAGAAAUAGAAGGCAGAGUUGGAAUUAUUUAUCACAACACAUAUUCAGCACCUCAUUACCUUCUGUCUUAUUUCACUCCAACCAAGAUAUCUGUCACAGAUUUAGCCGGAGUUGAAAAUCCAGAAACUCUCCUCCACACGAUCAACGAACAAUUUUCACAUAACAAUAGAAUCUUGGUGGUUGGACCCAAACAUUUAAAUACCAAACUCUUGAACUCGACGACGUCGCCCUACACUCGUAAACCUCUAGCCUCGUACUUCCACUUCAACACUGAAUACAUUCAACCAAUCACACGUGACGAUUUGACCAAUGAAAAGUACUCUUCUCUGCUUGAAUUCUUCAAACACUACAAGACUGAGUACUUGUCCAUCGAGGUUCUUGAGAUUGACAAUCCAAAUAAAUACUAA